GACACAGAUGGGCUUUAUUGGUAUUUACAGUAAAAAGAAAGUUUCCUUCCCGUGAGCGUAAAAAAAGACAGACUUACAGACAAACUGCUGGUUCCACUGCAGUGAUGUCUUCCCUGUGGUGGCUGGUGUCAAAUGGCACCUCUCCCUCUGGCUUCCUGGACAACAGUACCUGUUUCAGCUCCUCACAGAGCACUGUACUCAAUGCAGACAACUUUGGAGGCGUACCAGUUGUGCUACUGCUCGACUUCUCUGUCUUUCUGGUGUUGCUGACCGUCUUCUCUAUUAUCAGGAAGAAUCUUUGGGACUACGGGCGUCUAGCACUGGUCGCAGACAACGAAGGAUUCACUGAGUCAACACACCGUCGCUUUGGACGCAUGUCAUCCUUUAUGUCCAGCGUUGAUGACUUGGAGUAUGAACAGGGAUUCUGCUCUUGGCUGCCUUACAUCCUCAGAAUGGAUGAGGAAAAAAUGAAAGCCAGAUGUGGCAUGGACGCUGUUCACUACCUGUCCUUUCAGCGUCAUCUGAUCGUCUUACUGUUGGUCAUAACUGUCACCUCCUUGUCAAUCAUACUGCCUGUCAACCUGAGCGGAGACCUGCUGGGUAAUGAUCCAAGGAAUUUUGGAAGGACAACUAUUGGGAAUCUUCAAAAGGGAAACAACCUGUUAUGGCUGCACACAGUGUUUGCAGUUCUCUACCUGACCCUGACAGUUGCCCUGCUGCGACAUCACACAUCACAAAUGAAAGGCAUGCGCAGAGAGACAACCAGAAACACCUUGUUUGUGUGUUCAGUUCCUAAAACAGCAACAGAAGAAGCUGUAAUGACACAUUUCACAGAGGCGUAUCCUACCUGUCGAGUGUGUGCUGUGACCCUAGGCUAUGACGUGGCCAAGCUCAUGCACCUUGAUAAGGAAAGAAUGCGAGCUGGAAAAAACCUGCGCUACUACGAGCGUGUCUUAGAGAAAACAGGAGAACGUGAUUUGAUUAACCCCCGUUUGUGUGGGCACCUUUGUUGCUGCGCUAACUCUGAGAAGGUUGAUGCCAUACAGUAUUACACGACUAAGGAAAAAGACCUGCUGGGAGAGGUGAGGAAGCAGGUAGAACUGGUGCCACAGCGCCCCCUGGGGAUUGCCUAUGUGACCUUGCAGACUGAGGCUAUGGCCAAGUUCAUUAUGAAAGACUUCAAUGCACUUGAAUGUGGUGGCACACGCUGCUGCUGUGGGAAUGAGCGCCAACCUUCAUCCAAUAGUGGAACUCUGAAAGUGAACCAGUGGAGAGUCAGCUUUGCACCCCAUCCCAAAAAUGUGUACUGGGAAAAUCUCUCAGUGCGGGGUUUUCCCUGGUUCAUGCGCUACGUGAUGCUCAACUUCCUCCUUUUCUUCCUGCUCACCUUCCUCACGACUCCCACCAUCAUUAUCAGCACCAUCGACAAGUUCAACGUGACUAAGCCCAUCCAGUAUCUCAAUAGCCCCAUUAUCAGUCAGUUCUUCCCCACUCUCCUGCUGUGGAGCUUCUCUGCAUUGCUGCCCACCAUAGUCUACUAUUCUACACUGGGAGAAGCACACUGGAGCAGGUCCAGUGAGCAGCUGAGCAUGAUGCGGAAACUGUACUUCUUCCUGCUCUUCAUGGUGCUUAUCCUCCCCUCACUUGGACUUACCAGUCUCGCAGUGUUUUUCCGUUGGCUGUUUGAUAAAGAGUUUCUCUCAGGUGGGAAACUGCGGUUUGAGUGUGUGUUUUUACCUGACCAAGGGGCAUUUUUUGUCAACUAUGUGAUCGCAGCAGGCCUGGUGGGCUCUGGCAUGGAGUUGCUGCGGUUGCCAGGGUUACUACUUUACACCAUUCGUAUGGCAUUUGCACGCUCUGCUGCUGAAAGGAAAUAUGUCAAACAGAACCAGGCCUAUGAAUUUGAAUAUGGAGCCAUGUAUGGCUGGACCCUCUGUGUGUUCACUGUCAUUAUGGCUUACAGCAUCAUUUGUCCUAUGAUUGUGCCUUUUGGUCUCCUCUACAUGCUGCUGAAGCACCUAGUGGACAAACACAACAUGUACUUUGCCUACCUGCCUGCCCGCAUUGAUCGCCAGGUCCACCUGGGAGCUGUCAAUCAAGCUCUGGCCGCGCCCAUCAUCUGCCUCAUAUGGCUUUACUUCUUUUCUGUUCUCAGAACAGAUUUCAUGACCUCCACAUCUCUUUUCACCCUGGUGGUUCUGUGUAUCACUGUCUUCAUCUGCAUCAGCGCCACCUGCUUCGGCCACUUCAAAUACCUCAGCCCACACAACUAUGCGGUGAAAGAGGAGGACGAGGACACAGAAAAUGAGGUAGAAGAAAACACCAAGAUCUACCUUCCCAGAGUGCUCAAUCCCAAAUCACCUGUCAGCACCACACAAGAGUCUAAACCUCAGCAGUCUUAUGGCUCUACAGAGGGCAACUUGGCCUACAACCCCAGCCCAGUGGGGGAAAGCACGUCAGAUGGCUGAAUCAGUAUAUUUCAACACAGAGUCAAAGCUUUGGAGCUACGAUUCCCUCAACUCCUGAUUAUAAAUUUUUUCCUUUCACAACGACUUCAGUACUGAGGUCAAGAGUACUAUUUCACUCCGACCGUCCUGCUCUGUCAGUCGCAUUGAGAGAAAAUCUUCAGAUUGUACAAGAGAAGAAAGUGCAAUGCAUUCUAAAGUGCAGGGGCCUCAUUUAUAACUGUUGCAUACUCACAAAACGGGACUUGAAAGAGGCAUAUGCCACUUCCCAUGCAAAAGUUUAUAAAAACAAACUUUAUGGAAGAAUGUGCGCACCUGUACAGAAACUCUGACCAAUGUGUGCAACUUUUUGGAGACACGGGAAACUGGCGACGCAAACCUUAAGGUGGCGAAUUGAGGCCAGAUUGUAGAAAUUAAAUGAUCAGCAUCAUUAUACAUAAUCACCUUUCAAUUGUAAAAGCAAACUCAAAUCUCAAAUUAAGUUCCACCCAAAAUUUCAUUAGCAUCGUCUUACUAUCACAUUCCCCUCCCCCGGAGUGCAGAUGACAGGGCCUAACUGUAGCUACUGACACUCGUGGUCAGUUGUUGAGCCACAGCAGCAGUUCAGUUGUGAGGAUAAUGCCAGAAUGUGGCAGGUGGCUGGAUUCAAGUCUGGCUUCUGCCUUUCCCCAAUAUAAAGUGUGAAUUAAGUGUCAUUUUCACCUCAACCAUGUUAACUAGGCUAACUGAUUAAAUUACCAUCAUUGGCAGUAGAAAUCCAAAAUAAUGUCAAGUAGUAUUAAAGAAUUGCAGAACAGAGCGUCAAUAGUUUUUAAUAUAAUCUUCUAAUACUGUGCAUAUACAGUAUCAACAAGUACAAUUUCAGUUUUUGUGUGUAAAAUCGCACCAGUGAACACGACUGUGUGACUAUGCUGUCAGGUACACAGAGCACACUGGAAACACUGUGGUGGUUGCCACAUACACACUCUGCCUUCUCCAGUCACCUCACCUAACACCACCUGCAUUCAUAGUCCACUGUGACAAUGAGAGAAACACCUAUAUGUUAGAGUUUUGAGUUAAAUAUUGUGUGUGUUAGAUACUUAAAUGUGGUUUCAUCAGCUAUGUACAUAUCUGUGGCCUAUAGACGCUUAACAAAUAUGAAGAGGUGAGUUCCUGUGUCUCUGUGCUUGCUCGGUCCAAACUCUGACAAUGUGCAACAAAGCGUUGAAGGCACCCACCUCCAUGUCUGAUCAUGUCUGUUUAAUCUCGGGAAUCCUGUUUGUAGCAUUAACAGCUGCUGCAGGCAUCAGCCUCUCAAACUUUGUUUUGUUUGUAACCCUGCCUAAAUUCUCCACAGGAACAACAUGUAUAUCAAUAUUCAUGAGGGAUUUGCAUUGACCAUUUAUGGUUAAUUGUGGGGGGUUUUUGGGGAAGAGCAUGAGGCUUGUCAAAGUGCACAGAUUUUCAAGUUGAUUGUGAUUUAUAAAUGGAUAUUGCAUGGAGGCACGCAUGCACACAGGUUUAUAAAUCUGAUUAAUUUUUUGCGUGUGCCAUUUUCGGCUUUUGUGCACACAUACACUUUUAGUAUGGAUCCUACGCACUGUUUUAUAAAUGAGGCCCCAGCACUGUGCCAUCCCACACUGGUCCAACUUCCUUACCUCUUGGCUUCUGGAAAGACGAGUGGACAAUUUGUUAAAUCUGAAUUACUUUCUACAGGAAUGAAGAUAAAUAGUCAUUUAUUUGAUAUUUGGAUCAUUACUUUUACUUGAUCAGUACAACGCACGCAUCCAUGUGAAACCUACCAAGCCGUCUCUCUCAGUCUUGUCUGUCAUAAAACACGGAAACAUGUCUGUUUCUAUGUGAGACCUCUCUGAUAAGGACCAAUUCACCUUAGAAUGUUUAACCAAAACCUGCCAUUUCAAUUAAGCCAUGAUGUGUAAGAAAUUCCACUUUUUGCAUGUGAAUUAUCAGAAGCAAAUUAUGCAAUGAGGGUAAUUAUGCAUCUAUGUCCAGAACAAAAUCAUCAAACCAGCACCACUGAUGCCAAAGAGAUGGACAAGCAGAGCUUUCUGUUUUUCUCCAAAAUUCUCUAAAGUGCCUUUUUUGAUGCCAGAGGACAAUGCCAAGGGAAUAACUUAUUGCCGAAUGUUUAUUAUGCACUUUCAUAUCAAGAGAGGUCUGUCUUUUUGUGUACUAACAAGAACUUAAUAUUGUGACUUACUCAUGAGACAAUAGAGCAAAUAUUUAUAUCAGUAUUGCAGGAAUUUUGCGACCAAAAGCUUGGUUAGAUGGUGGAGCAAUGGUUAGUUAUUUUCAUUACUAUUUAAGGUACGAAAAUGAUGCUGUACCAUUAAUGAAUGUUUUGAGCAGGUCAGUGUAUAUUUGUAUUAUUGUGCUUUAAAGUUACGUUUUUGAAGCAUUUUUAAAUGUGCAUUUUAUCAAGGAACUAAGCCCUAAAAGCAAACAACCACCGAACACAUGAGCACGUGUUCAGUGGUUGGUAGUAACUGUGUUGUUUUUUCACCAAGUAAAACAGAUAAAAUGUCUUCAGGUUGCGUAUGUUAAGAGGAGCUCUGUCUUAGUUUUGUACAUAUGGUGACAUACAUUUCAAUAUUAAACAAUCCUAUGUGCUGUUUUCAUAUACAAAGGACAGGAACAAUUGUGCAGUUCUGAGUGCUUCUUGCCAUUCGGGGGCGCUGUUGAACUGCAGUAGGGUAGCUUAACCCCUGAAAUAUUCAUAAAGCAGUGAAAAAGGACAGACGCACAUUGUUGCAUUGAGGAUUUCUAACUUAUUCUGACAUUGGUAUGAGCCUGUGUACUGGGCGACAACUCCAGUAGCUCCACCUCCUCACCUGAUCUUUUUCUAUUGUCUCCCUUUCUGUUCCCUUUUGCUUCCUCUUUUUCCUGACUUUUCUCCUUUCUCACCACGGUCCUGCCUUAGCUGAAAAAGACCUCUGUUGUCAUUUUAAGGGCUGUUAGCGUGCUGACUAACAGUUGUUAAAUAUGACUAAUGGAGUGCUAAGCUAACAAUACAUCUAGGUUAUUAGCUGUGGCGAACAGAGCGGUUUUGGCCAUUGGACGAGUGAAUCAGUGUACCCUAAUGGAGCCACACAAUAGUUCUUAAACUGAAGAAGAAAAAUCAGGAGGAGCAGCAGCUACUGAAGUGGUUCUAAAUGGCUCAACAACAAAUUAGUUCUUCCUGGCUCAAGCAUUUGAUAUACUUUAAGAUCGUUUACAAAGGAUACUUGAUAUAAGGAGUGAUAUAAAUUCUGUAAAAUCUGACUGCACAAAGAUUAUUGUCCGUAUUUUACCCCUACAGUUGAACAAAGAUGAAAUAUUUCAAAA